AUGACGACGUUUCUAGCAGUUUCGGUUAUUGCGGUGUUAGUUUCCUCGAUCUCCUGCAACCAGUAUCGCCCUGAUGCGUCCAAGAUAUCCGAUUAUGACAACUACAAAGAGGACAAGUCGUACAUCGGGAAGGAGAUAGCGUGCACCGCCGAGGAAAAGGAAUGUUACAAGCUCGGCCGCGUGCUGUACACGGAUGGCAAGUGUUACAUGCUGGCUCACGUCGGGCCUUGCAAAGAGCUGGAGCUGCAUUUCAGUAGGGAGAAGGCUCGAAACGGCGAGUUCAAGCCGGAGUGUCAACCAGCGUUCAAGUGCGGCACGCCCAACGAAAUGUACAUGGCUUACGACGGGAUCUGCUACCAAUCCGAGCUCAUCCACGAGGUGUGCGACGUUCACAAGAACCUCACCGUCAGCCAAAACCUGUUCGGCGAAAUCCACUGCCGCUGUUUCGGCGACGGGUGCCCUCCGCGGCCGGCGGUCAGCCAGCCCGAGGAGCCCGGGCGCUGCCGCCUGCCCGAUCUCAUCCACGAGGGCUUCCCGUACUGGCACGACAACCUUCGCGGCCGCCUCUUCCCGUGCUCCGCGGAGGAGCACGCGUGCCUCAAGCAGGGAACGAUGCUGCACGAGGGCACCGGCGCGUGCCACCGGCUCCUGGAGCGCGGGCCGUGCCCCGAAGGGCAGCAGUUCGUGGCCGACCGCGCCGCUUUCCAGGAGCGCGGUUGGUUGCUGGGAAGGUGUGCCCCGCCCUCCUGUCCCGAUGGGCACGUGCGCAUGCAGUUCGACGGGCAGUGUUACCCACUCGACGUCGCCCUCAAUAAGAUUUGCCCGCCUCAUAUUCUCGUGCGUGAUGUGUUUGGGGAUAGUGGGUGUGGUUUUGACCAAGAUCUCGAUGUGAGCAAGCACCUACCGCGUGAUGUGACGGCAAAGGGAGAGUGCUAUAAACCGCAAAGGGGAUUUUAG